CCAGGAGCAAUCCCUGUGUCCCGUGGGGUCCCUCCCUAGGCCAGGGAGUGGAGCAGGACCCUGGGCACAGGGGACACGUGGCACCAGGCCAGGCUGGAGGGUGCCCGGGUUAACAUGACCGAGGUGGAGCCUGUGCUGGACUUCGCAUCCUCCGGGAGGACGGGCCGGCGCAAUGCCCUGCCCGACAUCCUGGGCUCGCCCGCCGGCGUCAGCCCCGCUGACCUGCCCCUCAAACUGGCUGAGAUGUCCCUGAGUGCAGGCAGCCCCCAGGAGAUGCAGUCGCCCUCGGCGGAGGUGCCCCCUCCGCAGCCGCCCAGCCCCGAGCUGAAGGACACGUCCUAACCCCGCCCCGGGGGGACUUUGCUGACCAGCGGAGGGAGGAGGGGGCUGCGGGGCACCAGCCCAGCUUUCCUGGCACGGCCGGAGUCCGCUGGGAUUCCCUCGGUGCUGCCGCAGCCCAGACCCUGGAGUGCCACCCCCGCCACGGGGGAGCGGCGGGCGCGGUGGGGACGCGGUGGGGA